ACCGUAAUCAGCUGGCUCGUCACUUCUGGUCCAAGAUGGCUGCGCCGAGAAGAAGUCUGCUUCAGACAGAACAGCUCAGCUGGACAGAUGACCUGCCACUCUGCCACCUCUCCGGAAUCGGAUCAGCUACAAAUCGAACCUAUAACUCUGAGGGACUGGGAAAGGAAGAACACCCCUGUGAAGACAACUGGCUGAAGUUUAGAGGAGAGAAUAAUAUUUAUCUUUAUGGAGUGUUCAAUGGGUACAGUGGCACCAGAGCCACCAAUUUUGUGGGCCAGCGAUUAUCUGCAGAACUCCUUUUAGGACAGUUGACAGAUGUUACUGAUGCAGAAGUUCACAGAGUGUUGUUACAGGCAUUUGAUGUAGUGGAAAGAAGUUUCUUGGAAUCCAUUGAUGAUUCCUUAGCGGAGAAAACAAGCCUCCAGUCUCAGCUUCCAGAGGGUACGGUCCUCCAGCAGCUUCCCAGCCAAUACCAGAAGAUUGUAGAGCGACUAAAUUCUUUAGAGAAGGAAAUCUAUGGGGGAGCAAUGGUUAUUGUGGUGUUAAUUGUAAACAACAAACUGUACGUCGCUAAUGUUGGUACCAACAGAGCAUUGCUUUGUAAAUCCACAGUGGACGGACUACAGGUCACCCAGCUUAAUGCAGAUCACACAACCGAAAAUGAAGAUGAGAUAUUCCGACUAUCCCAGCUGGGGUUGGACACAGCCAAGAUAAAACAGGCAGGUAUAAUUGGGGGCCAAGCAAGUACCCGCAGGAUUGGUGAUUAUAAAGUCAAAUAUAACUUCAACGACAUGGAAUUGCUUAGUGCAGCCAAAUCUAAACCAAUCAUGGCAGAGCCAGAAAUUCAUGGAUGCCAGCCUGUGGAUGGUGUUACUGGCUUUCUUGUGCUAAUGUCAGAGGGUCUUUACAAGUCUUUGGAAGCGGCACAUGGGCCUGGACAAGCUAAUCAGGAAAUAGCAGCAAUGAUUGCCACAGAGUUUGCCAAGCAGGUGUCUCUGGAUGAUGUGGCACAGGCAGUAGUGGAGAGAGUGAAGAGGAUUCACCAUGAUACCUUUCUCAGUGGUGGUGAACGAGCAAAGUUCUGCACCAAACAUGAGGACAUGACUCUUCUUGUUCGUAACCUGGGCUACCCCUUAGAGGAAGCUACUACUUUGACACCAACUCAGGGUGGGCGAGUGUACCCUGUGUCUGUGCCCUAUUCCAAUGCACAAAACACUAGCAAAACCAGUGUUACUCUGUCGUUGGUAAUGCCAUCACAAGGGACUAUGGUGAAUGGAACUCACACAAGUUCAACACUGGAUGGAACUACUCCAACCUUGUAUGUACCAAUUAUAAUUAAUGCAGGCUCAGA